AUGGAACAACGAAAUCAAACCUCUUUUUCAGAAUUUGUCCUCCUGGGACUCUCAGAAGGGACAGAACUGCAGCCCUUGGUCUUUUGGCUGUUCCUGUCCAUGUACCUGGUCACCCUCAUUGGGAACUCGCUCAUUGUCUUGGUUAUUAUCACUGAUUCACACCUGCACAUCCCCAUGUACUUCUUCCUCUCAAACCUGUCCUUUUCUGAUAUCUGUUUAACCUCCACCACCAUCCCAAAGAUGCUGUUGAACAUGCAGACACAGAGCAAAGUCAUAGCCUAUGAAGCCUGCCUCAGCCAGAUGUACUUUUUCAUGCUUUUUGGAGCAUUAGACAACUUUCUCCUGACAGUGAUGGCCUAUGAUCGGUUUGUAGCCAUCUGUCACCCCCUCCACUACACAGUCAUCAUGAACCCCAAGUCUUGUGGCAUCCUGCUUCUGGCAUCCUGGUUAUUGAGUGUUCUGGAGUCUUUGUUACAGGGCUUAAUGAUUUUGCGCCUGUCUUUUUGUACGGAGUCAGAAAUCCCUCACUUUUUCUGUGAAUUCAUUCAGGUGGUCCCCCUUGCUUGUUCUGACACCUUCCUCAAUGAUCUAGUGAUGAAUUUUACAAGUGGACUUCUGGGUUUUAUUUCACUCACUGGUAUCUUUUUCUCUUACUCUAGAAUUGUUAUCUCCGUUUUCAGAAUUUCAUCAGCUGGGGGCAAGUAUAAAGCAUUUUCCACUUGUGGGUCUCACCUCUCAGUUGUCUCCUUGUUCUAUGGUACAGGCCUUGGGGUGUAUCUUAGUUCCACUGCCACACAAAACUCCAGGGCAAGUGUCAUGGCUUCAGUGACAUAUACUGUGGUCACACCCAUGCUGAACCCUUUUAUCUACAGUUUUAAAAACAAGGAUAUAAAGCAGGCCCUAAAAAAAUUCUUCAGCUGA